GCUCAAGCUCCAAUCUCUUCCCUCUAUACCUUCAAAUUCCAAUGUCCUACUCCUCCAUCACAACAUAACCACCGCCGUCGCCGUCGCCGCCACCACCACCACCACUCACCGCCGUCCUCUUCCUUAUUCUCCUCACCCAUCAAGAACCAAAUAAAACACUACUCUUGAACCAAAACACCCCACAAGUUCCACCAUUUCCUGUCCACCUCCCAUAACCACCGCCGGUUGAAGUAGAAGUAGAACCACCAGAGACGCCGCCGUGCAAGGCGGAGACAAAGUUUCCGGUAAGUUUCCACUAGAAGCAAACACACUUUCUUUUUCUUGCUUCACAUGGAUAGGUUUGUUCUUUCACUAACACAAACAUAUAAGUGAGUUUUAAGCAUACACCCACCACCUUAAAACCCUCUUUCACAUGCAUAUUGUCCCCCAAGUUUAACACCUUUUUCACUCCACCACCACCCCCACCACCACCACCACCCACCACCAUUUUCCACCAUAACCAAUCUUUGCAUGCAUUUUUCCACCAAAGUUUGAAUCUUUUUCCAAACCCCACCAAAACCCAUCAACCAUUUACCCUCAAGAUGCAUAAAGUUUCAAUCUUUUUCACUUUCUUGAUCCUCACACCAUUCAUCUCCACCCUCUCGCCGGACGGUGAAGCUUUACUCUCUCUCCUCUCCUCCGGCAACUCUCUCUCUAAAACCACCACCCUCCCAUCAUGGACACCAUCUUCACCAACACCAUGUUCAUGGCAAGGCAUCACAUGCUCCCCACAAAACAAAGUAAUCUCCAUUUCAAUCCCCAACACUUUCCUCAACCUCUCAUCUCUCCCACCACAACUAUCCUCUCUCUCAUCCCUCCAACUCCUCAACCUCUCCUCCACCAACAUCUCCGGCCAAAUCCCACCCUCUUUCGGCAGUUUCCCACAUCUCCGGCUACUAGACCUCUCCUCCAACUCACUCUCCGGCCAAAUCCCACCGGAACUCGGUCAACUCACCUCCUUACAGUUUCUCUACCUUGACUCUAACCAACUCACCGGAAAAAUCCCACCUCAACUUUCAAAUCUUUCUUCCCUCCAAUACCUUUGUAUCCAAGAUAAUCUCAUCAACAGCACAAUCCCACAUCAACUCGGAUAUUUAACUUCUCUUCAAGAGUUUCGAAUAGGGGGCAACCCUUACAUCACCGGAGAAAUCCCACCGGAGUUGGGAUAUCUCUCUAAUCUGACCACAUUUGGGGUUGCAGCAACCGGAUUAUCCGGGACCAUUCCUACCACAUUCAAGAACAUGAUCAACCUUCAAACUUUAGCUAUUUACGAUACCGAAAUAUCCGGAACAAUCCCAGCUGAGCUGGGAAUGUGUACUGAGUUGAGAAACUUGUAUCUCCAUAUGAACAGACUUACCGGGCCGAUACCGCGUGAAUUGGGCCGGCUUCAGAAGCUUACUAGUUUGUUUCUGUGGGGGAAUUUGUUAACCGGGUCGAUACCGGGUGAACUUUCUAACUGUUCUUCACUUGUGGUGUUGGAUGUGUCUGCUAAUGAGUUGAGUGGUGAAAUCCCUAAAGAGUUAGGGAGGUUGACAGUGCUUGAACAGCUGCAUUUGUCUGAGAAUUCGUUAACGGGCCCGAUACCGAUUGAGAUUAGUAACUGCACUAGUCUUACAGCUAUCCAGCUUGAUAAGAAUCAGAUUUCGGGCCGAAUACCGUGGCAAAUAGGGAAGUUGAAGAUGUUACAGAGCUUUUUUCUUUGGGGGAAUGCGGUUUCGGGAACAAUUCCUUCGUCUUUUGGUAACUGUAGUGAGCUUUACUCGCUUGAUCUUUCGAAAAACAAGUUAACUGGUGAGAUUCCUGAAGAGAUCCUUGGGUUGAGUAAGUUGAGUAAACUGUUGUUACUUGGGAAUUCGCUGUCCGGAAAGGUGCCAGCGAGUGUCGGGAAAUGCGAGUCGUUGGUUCGGUUAAGGCUUGGCGAAAAUCAGCUUUCGGGUCCUAUUCCUAAAGAGAUUGGUUUACUGCCAAACCUUGUGUUUCUUGAUUUAUACACGAAUCAUUUCUCGGGUUCUUUGCCUCGUGAGAUCGGUAACAGUACGGUUUUGGAGCUUUUAGAUGUUCAUAACAAUCAUUUAACGGGUGAAAUACCGGUCGAGUUAGGUGAGCUUGUGAAUCUUGAACAGCUUGAUUUGAGUCAAAACGGGUUAACGGGUCGAAUCCCGUCGAGUUUUGGUAACUUUAGUUACUUGAACAAACUCAUUCUUAACAACAAUCUGCUUACCGGGUCGAUCCCCGGGUCGAUCAAAAGCUUGCAGAAGUUGACACUUCUUGAUUUGAGUUCAAACAGUCUUUCGGGCCAAAUCCCGCCUGAGAUCGGGUCGAUCACGAGCUUAACCAUUAGUCUUGACUUAAGCUCGAAUCGGUUCCAAGGUGAAAUACCCGAGUCGAUCAACGGGCUGACUCAGUUACAAUCACUUGAUCUUUCACACAACUCAUUUCAUGGGAAGAUCUUGAUCUUGAGUUCACUUACUAGCCUCACUUCACUAAAUGUUUCCUACAACAACUUCUCGGGCCCGAUCCCCGUUACACCGUUUUUUCGAACCCUGACACCAGAAUCAUUCGUUCACAACCCAGGCCUCUGCGAAUCCGUAGACGGGUUGUCAUGUUCUUCUAGACUACCAAUGAGAAACAGGUUGAAAUCGGCUCAAACCGUAGGUAUAGUGGUUCUAACACUUGUCUCGGUGACCAUGGCGGCUGCAGCCACUUGGGUCUUUAUGUCAAGGAACCACAAGUACAUGAUCAAGCACUCGUUAGCCGACCCGAACCUUGAUUCGCGGGGUGACGAUUUCUCCUACCCGUGGACAUUCAUUCCGUUCACUAAGCUCGGGUUUACAAUCGAUAACAUAUUGGAUUGUUUAAAAGACGAGAACGUAAUCGGGAAAGGAUGCUCCGGUGUCGUUUACAAAGCGGAAAUGCCAAACGGGGAGAUUAUCGCGGUCAAAAAGCUUUGGAAAACGAAAACCGACGAAGAACCCGCUAUCGAUUCGUUUGCAGCGGAAAUUCAAAUUCUGGGUCAUAUUCGGCAUCGAAAUAUAGUGAAACUUUUGGGGUAUUGUUCUAAUAAAAGUGUGAAGCUAUUGCUUUACAAUCACAUUCCAAAUGGGAAUUUACAGCAGUUGUUGCAAAGUAAUCGGAAUUUGGAUUGGGAAACGAGGUACAAGAUCGCGGUUGGAUCCGCACAAGGACUCGCUUAUCUUCAUCAUGAUUGUGUGCCUGCAAUUCUUCAUAGAGAUGUUAAGUGCAAUAAUAUUCUUCUCGACUGCAAAUACGAGGCUUAUUUGGCUGAUUUCGGGCUCGCGAAGCUUAUGAAUUCUGCAAAUUAUCAGCAUGCCAUGUCACGGGUCGCUGGAUCAUAUGGAUACAUCGCUCCAGAAUACGGUUACACAAUGAACAUAACAGAAAAGAGUGACGUCUACAGUUACGGAGUGGUGUUACUAGAGAUCUUAAGUGGACGUAGCGCAGUCGAGAAUCGGGUCAGGGAGGGUUCACAUAUAGUCGAGUGGGUCAAAAAGAAAAUGGGCAGUUUUGAGCCCGCGGUCACCAUACUCGACGCGAAGCUACAAGGAAUGCCGGAUCAAAUGGUCCAAGAAAUGCUACAAACGCUCGGGAUCGCGAUGUUUUGCGUGAACUCUUCACCCGCGGAGAGACCGACGAUGAAAGAAGUGGUUGCAUUGUUGAUGGAAGUUAAGAGUUCACCUGAAGAAUGGGGGAAAACUUCACAACCUUUAAUGAAGCAAUCAUCUACUCAUAGGUAUAAUAUGCCACAAUGAUUAAUUAGGAUUUUGUAUUAGAUUUGAGGUGAGGGUGUUUUAGUAAUUUAGUGAAAUGGGUAAGAAUAGAUUUAUGUGAUUUGGUCAUGAGAAGAAAGAUUUGGAUAAAUGGAUAAAUGGGUGUAGUUUGUUUAUGGUAGGUGUUAUUUUCUUAUAGUUAUGUACAACUUAUGUUGCAUGAAGUACAACAUGAUUUAAACA